AUGGCGGCUGCAGCCCUGGCGGCCACCGCCCUGCUCCUUGCGGGAGCCCUGCUGCCGUCCGCGGGGAAGAACGCACAGCGAAGACUGGUGAGCCGCGAGGCCUGGCCUGCUCCCACAGCCCGGCCCUCCCACUGCCCGGCCACCCCACCAAAGAAACUGGUGAGUAAGAGAGUGUCCCAGCCUGGCAGUGGCCGCCUGUCCCCACAGAGAAACGGGAGCAGGUGCUACCACCACUCGGAGUGCUACAGCGACUGCUGCCUCGUGGACUGGGACUUCGGGGGGGCCUUCUGCGCGGCCAAGGGCGGCAUGGCCACGGUGUGCCUGCCCCAGACCAACGGAGCCGUCAACAUUAUGUGUCCGUGCCGCACAGGCUUGACCUGCUCUACCAAGGACCUGAUGUGCCCCCACCGGUGCUAUCUGAUAUAG